UUUUUAUACACAAAGUAUAUAAAUUUUUAUUACUUUGAUAGCAUAAAUAGUUUUUCUGUAGUUCAGCCGCGAAGAGUUUUUCAGAGUUUGAUUUUGUCAAGAGUUUACAAGCGGAGAUUUCCGUAUUUCGCGCGUGUUAUAGCCUAAGUAAAUAAGCGCAUACUUCAUGUGUCAGAUUGUUUAAUCCACAUUGUAUCGUAGGUGAAAACGUUUUCAAAGCGCCAUGUUUUUGGAAUAGUCUGUUAAUCGCUGGGUCAGCAAUCCUUCGCCUCCGUCCAGGAGAGGUCCGCUGAGAUCAAGAAGCUUUCCAGUGCACAAAAACUUGCAUAUAAUUAAUAGAAUCUGCUUUGCAUGCUGAAUAGCAAAUGCUUUAACCGCCGCAUAUGGACUUGGUUUGAAUGUUUUUAAGUUCUAAGGCAUAAAGAAGUGCAGCCCAUUAAAUCUAAACCAGUAACGUGUUUCCAAUUACGCCAUCUUUCUGCUAGACUUAAUUGCACACACACACACAAAAUAAUUUACGGACUUAAUUAAAAACAACCUAAUAAAACUCUGGACUUGGGCCGUGGUAGCUUGCACGCCCUGCGUUAAUGCUUUUUGAUUUCCAGUUAAAUUGUCCUCCCACAGUAAUGUAAUGAAUCGGAGCGUCCGCAAGUCACAUCAAUCAGCUGUUCGUUGGGCAACAGGUCGUCAUGUGGUGUGGAUGUUAUCUGAUCUACAAAGAAGAAAAUUUAUGGCUCAGGGUCUACCUCAUCAGAAGUACUUAUGGAGACUAUAGAAAGUGGACUGAUGCAUGAGACGCACAUGCAGGACGUGGAGCAGGUGUACCUGCGCUGCUCCCAGGGGGCGCUGGAGUGGCUUUACCCCACGGGUGCCAUAAUUAUCAACCUGAGGCCCAACACUGCCUCCCCAGCAGCCCGCCGCCUCUCCGUCUGCAUCAAGCCCUCCAGGGACUCACAGGGUGCCAACAUCUACUUGGAUCGUGCUGGCGAGCUGCGGCUGCUCCUGCGGGAACAGGACCAAGCGCUGGGACGUGUGCACUGCUUCGGCAUCCAGGAGGGGGCGCUGUUCAUUGAGGCCAUACCACACCGGGACAUCAGCCGCAGGAUCACAGCCUUCCAGUAUGAACUGGUGAAUGAAAGACUAAGGCCUGACCAGGACUCCCUAAGUGCUCCCUGCCAGCCUUGCAGUGACCAGGAGCUCCUGCUGGCUGCAUGUGCCAGCGAUUUCGUGGCACGAGGCAGCAUCUUGGGUAUGGAGGAGGAGGUUGAGCAGACAUCCCUUACAGUGACACUGAGCCGACUGUACAGACAGAAGAGCCAGGUGUUUGUGUCGGGCGGUGGACGGGCGAGGCGCUGGACGGGGCGGGUCAGGAUGCCCCCCCAGUGUGGGGUGAGGCCUGGGGAGGGCGAGUACCUCUUCACUGGGACAGUGCGUUUUGGAGAGGCAUGGCUUGGCUGUGCGCCACACUACAAGGACUUUCUGAAAGUGUACACAGACGCUGUGGAGCAGGGCAGCAACCCCUGUCACAUAGAGACGAACUGAGCUGCCUCUUCCAAGCCUUCUAACCUGCCAUAAAAGGGAAAGGGGAGGGGCUUCGCUUUUAGAGAGCCAAAUGUUCACAUGCUCUAGCCCUCACCCCCUUUUCUGAUUUAUUGAAGCAUUGAAUGAUACCAGGCAACAUACCCGGACAUCAGAGGACUGCAUGAACCUCCGCGGAGGGACAUGUGACCUCAGGUCCUGGAGUAGCAGUCAUAAAUAUAUGUGAAAAUGUGAAAGGACAUUUUAUAAAUACAAAUGCUUUGUAAAAAGCUUGAUGUACAAUUUUGAAGUUGUUUCUUAUGACAGAAAUGUAUGAUUAUAAAAUUUGGUUUGUGAUGAUUUUUUAAAAGAAGGGCAAUUUUAGCCUGUAAUUUUUCUUCAGGCUGAUAAAUUGUAAUGGGUUUUUUCCUCCGCCAGGGAAUAAAAAUCUUUUUUUCCUGGAGCAGAA